UCCUGGCUGCGAAUGCUUCGCAAGAGGCUCAGACGAGACUCUUAGCCCACUUUGACAUAACAACUCUAACACAUAUGAGUACUGUCACCGUUAUGGUUCACUACACUUGUGCCAAAGCUGUCGCCGGUACCGCCUGCACUGGCCGAAGGCGACGUCGUAGCAUCAAGCUAGACAUCAGUAAGAGUUACAACCCUGGCGCCUUCGAGACACUCGUUGGCAGCUCACUGAACACCGAGCUUGAAGAACCCGAAGAAAGCAACGACAAGGGGAAGUUCUUCACGGUUUGGAAGACAACCACUUCGACCCUCAUGAUCACCUCCACUUCGUACAACAGGGAUAUCACCGUGUCUGUGUCCCUGUACUGCACCAACGCCUCCAUGCUGUACGACCUUUGUUAAACAGCUAAAUAACUAUCCUGGCUAGUCGUCUACUACAGCGAGACAUUAAUUUUUAGUAUUAAGUGUAUGCAUAUAUAAAUGUGUUCGACUGUGUGCAAAAAGUUGGCCCUCAAAAUAAAUUUCACCAUUU